UUAUUAAUCGACGAACGAUGAACAGUAUAACUUACGCAUGCUAGCGUUAUCUCAAAUGAUAACGACAUUGUUUUUUCCUUUUUCUUUCACGGAUAAGCAAUAUUUCGUAAUCCGCAACGUCAUCUUCUCAUACAUGGCUACGGACAUCAGUGAUGCUGCGAUAAUAAUGAUGGACGGAUCUGUAUCGCGGACCUGCCAAAAGCUGUGGGGCGGCCGAUUUGCCGAAGAUGUUGACCCUGACUUUCACGGUUUAAACGCAUCGAUCGACGUCGAUAAGCGAAUGUAUGCAGAAGAUAUACAGGGAAGCAUAGCUUACGCUCACGCGCUCUUUGAUGUGAAACUUCUCUCGCAGGAAGAAACGCAAGCUAUAUGCAUAGCUUUGAAACAGGUGCAAAGCGAGUGGGAGAACGAUAAAUUCAUCAUAAAACAGGAGGAUGAGGACAUACAUAGUGCCAAUGAACGAAGGCUUUCGGAGUUAAUCGGUGACGUGGCGAAGAAACUACAUACCGGAAGGAGUCGCAACGAUCAGACUGUGACCGAUACCAAACUGUGGCUUCGAAGAUCCAUCGACAAACUUCUGUUUAGAUUGAAGAGAUUCAUCGAGGUUCUUGUAAUUCGAGCGGAACAGGACAUGGACGUGCUUAUGGCCGGAUACACGCAUAUGCAACGCGCACAACCUGUAAGAUGGAGUCAAUGGUUACUCAGCUACGCCUGGUAUGCGAAACAAGAUUUUGAAAGGCUGCUGGAGGUGCGCAAACGUGUGAAUAUCAUGCCACUUGGGAGCGGCGCGAUAGCGGGAAAUCCGUUUUCGAUCGAUCGCCGAUCUCUGGCUGCGGAACUUGGCUUCGACGAGAUCACUGAGAAUAGCAUGCACGCCGUUGGGGAUCGUGACUUUGUUGCUGAAUUUCUAUUUUGGUCAUCGUUAUCGUCGGUGCAUUUGAGUCGUUUCUGCGAAGACUUGAUUAUUUACAGCACUCGGGAAUUUGAUUUUGUUCAAUUCGCUGAUAAAUACUCCACCGGCAGCAGUCUGAUGCCCCAGAAACGUAAUCCAGAUUGCAUGGAAUUAUUACGCGGAAAGACUGGCACUAUAUUAGGAAAGUGUAUUGGUUUCAUGACAACGCUGAAGGGAAUUCCAUCGACAUACAACAAAGAUCUUCAGGAAGACAAGGAAACGUUGUUUCAUACGUAUGACACGUUAUAUCAGAUGUUUCACAUCGUCGAGAAAGCACUGGCCACUCUGAAAGUAAACAAGAAUAGUUGUAAGAAUUCUUUGACAUCUGACAUGCUUGCGACCGACAUGGCGUAUUAUCUUGUUAGGAAAGGUAUACCAUUUAGAGAGAGUCAUCAUCUGGCUGGAAAGGCUGUCGCAUUGGCUGAAUCAAAAGGAGUAUUGUUGCAGGAAUUAACUCUGCAAGAAUUAAAAACGAUAAGCGAGGCGUUCGAGAACAGCGUGUCAUGCAUUUGGGAUUUUAAUCGUAGCGUCGAGCAGUACAAAACUGCCGGUGGAACUAGUUUCGCAGCAGUACAGCAGCAAAUUAAUAAAUUACAGUCUUGGUUGCUCGAGUUUCCGUCUGAAGGAUAAUUAUGCCAUUUGAUUAAUAAAGUUGAUCCAAGUCCCAUGAUAACAAACCGCGAUGAAUACUUGCUUCGCCUCCGUAAUAUCCUAAAGAGAUACAAGCGAGCACAUAAAUAAUCUAAUAUGAAAAACAUUCGAAAGAAUUAAGUAAAAAACUAGCGUUUAUAGAAAGAGAAUAUAAAAAUGAAUAACUUCUAAUUAAUAACCUAUAUUUCUCAUGCUUGUGUGCUGAAAUAAAUAAUGAUGCGCGCGCGUCAAUUCAAUCUGGAAAUUUGAAAAAACAUUCGAGAUAUCUCGCAGACAUAUCGUCGCUUUCCGAGCGAUGUUGAUUGGUUACUGCUUUCGUGCACACAUUCAGAUAGGUGAUGAGUCUACGCAGAACUGUGACAAAGACUUGGUGGACACGGCUAAACACAAUAAUAAAAAUCAACUCAAGUCCGCGCGCGUUCAAGUUAGUAUAAAUAAUUAUUACUGCAAAGCAGUCGAUUUUAAGGCUUGAGAGUGCGUUGGCUCGAGUAAUCGUUUUCACGCAACAGUUGAUCUCGAAACCGCUGUUGUCGUUCGGCCCGCC